AACAAUACAAGCCUAUGAGUGGCGUAUUUCAAUCAACAAUACGACUAAGUAAUUUCCCCGUUCCAUUCAAACCCUGGCUGAUUGUAGAAUACAACAGCCGUCAGACUCAAGCAGACGACAUACUAGAAAUUUUUUGAGGUUUCGAGCAGGCGUGUAAACAGAUUUGUUGAUGAAAUCUUUGUGGUGUUUCCCUUAAAUUCACAUUUUCUGCUUGAAAAUGUGGUUUUCAGACCCCACUAAAUUUCGUAAUUCAAUCAGCGUCUACUCUGCUGUCUAAAUUCAUUUUUAUUGUGGUUACUUAAAGUUGUUUGUUCAUUACGGUAUUUUUUAUAAAAUAUCUAAACAAUGUUAGUUUGUCAACAAUUUACAUCCUAAAGCUUUAAAAGGCAAUUGGAGGUGCCCUCCUGUGUACUUUUAAGACUGACUACUGUGACAACUUUUUUCUUGCUAAAAACACUAAUAUUACCAUGAGUCGUUGUCCUGGUAUGUACUGUGGAAGAACUUUACUCGAAAGUAGCAAUUUGUCAGAAUGCGGAGCCUGUCCAAGAGGGUUCCGCUCAAAUUCUUCAUCAAUUUGCGAACUGUGUAAAGACAAUCCAAUAUUUUAUGAUUGGCUUUAUUUAGGAUUUGUUGUUAUUACCGUGUGUGUUCUACAUUUGUUUUGUAUUGACACAACAGUCAGGAAAAAGGGUCUUGCUCUUCAUGUAUGCGCUGUAAUAGAAACAGUUGCAGCGGCAAUUUUAACAGUCUUAGUUGUAGAUCCUGUUGGUGAAUUCAGUGUGAGGUCUUGCCAUACUCAUCACUUAUCUGAUUGGUACACACUCUUUCAUAAUCCAAGUCCUCAAUAUGAAAAUACUCUUCAUUGCACUCAAGAAGCUGUGUACCCAUUGUACACCAUGGUUUUUAUGUUUUAUGCAAUUGCUGUAAGUUUAAUGCUCCUCAUAAGACCUUGGGUUGCUGGCCACUUCUUACCAAUAUCUGGUAAAUUGAGCAUUUAUGCUGCUAUGUACUUCUUCCCAUUGUUGUCUCUAAUACAUGCAGCAUUUGGUGGUCUUAUAUAUUUCUCAUUUCCCUAUAUUAUAAUUGUAUUAUCUGUCAUAUCUAAUGCAGCUCAUUAUGCUCUUGAGCUUGAUCAGUCUAUGUCAGCUCUUGUGUUAAGUACUUUCACAGAUACUGGCAAUGUUGUUACUGUGUUGGUUCAUUGGGCUCUUAAUGCAUAUGGAAUCAUUUCUAUCACACAGCUUACUGAGCCCUUAACACACAGUUUGCUGAUACUUCUUGUUCCCACCCCAACAAUAUUUUACAUUCUAACUGCAAGAUUUACUGAUCCAAAAAAACUUCAUGCUGACUGACACGUGCAGUACGCCUUGCAGUAUGCGGCAACUCAAGCACCUGCUGUGCUUGGGGGGACAAGGCAAGGCGAAGGACAUGCAUUUAUUCCUAUGCAACAAUGCAGCAGUUUCCGGGAGUAUGUUGUACCUGAACUUAGGGAUUUCAGACCAUUGGAAGUCUCUUUCCCUUCAAUUCAAGCUCGGACAAACACACAUGUUUGCAUUAGCUAAAAAUAUUUCAUAAAAGUGAACUAUCACCUAGGUAGGAAAUUCUUUAAAUGUGAUAAUAAUUAUAAAGUAAUCUAAACUUCAUUUUUACAUGAAAAUGCUGAUAAUCAGGACAACAGUGAUAGACAUGACAGGUUGUACGUAAAUUUCAACCAUUGCUGCAGGUCAUAGGCCUUGACUAACAGUAAACUUUCAUGGUAUCAAAAUACUGUUUUCGGCAAAUCACAUGCAUAUUUUGUAAAGGUUAAAGAUGAAGUAGGGACGAUUGAUUACCAAGUAAAAUUGGACUAGACCAAUUAAAUUUUGAAGCCUGUGACAUAGUUGCUUGUUUUUCUUUUCUGUUUAAUAUAUAGUAAGAGUAUAUCAUUCAAUGAUUUUAUCUGUAGUAAGUUAACGAAGGUUAUCGCUCUCUAAGUCUUGUAUAAUAUGGUUCAAAUUUUAUUUUUGUCGUAUGAGGGAAAGAAAACACAGAAUAACCCUCUUAUUACUAGGGUAUUAUUCUGUGGGUAGAAAUCAUAUUCGCAGUUUAAGAAAAUAGAAAUUCCAGUUAGAAACCACUGAAAUGCUACAUUUAAAUAAAAACAGAGGUAUAUAAUUUUGGACCAUACAGGAAAGACGUAAAUGUGGUCCAAAAAUAGACCGAUUAUAGACUUUCGAUGUCUACUUACAAUAUUUGUAGAUGUGACAAUUCUGACUGGGAAAAAAUGUACUUAUGAUUCAUUAGCAGUGUCUUAGGUAGGUAUCAAUUUAUUUACUCUAUUCUGAAACACUAUAUAAAACUAUAUAAAACUUCAA